AUGGGUCGGAAAGUAAAAAGAGAAAGCACCGGCGCAGGUGCCGCGUCGGUGGCGCUGGGCCAUCCACAACUGGAGCAGGUAUCCGCCGUCCUCGCCGUUGUGGCGCUAGGAGCGUGCGUCAGCGCGGGUCACAUUGGCUACGGCUACAGCGCCGGCACGGGCCUCGGUGGCGGCUACGGCGGCGGCGCUGGCGCCGGCGGCGACGGCGGCUACGGAGGGGGCGACGGCGGCUACAGCGGCCAUGGAAGCCACCACGUCGAUUAUUAUGCGCACCCGCAGUACAAGUUCGACUACGCCGUGCACGAUCCCCAUACCGGUGAUGUGAAGAACCAGUGGGAGACUCGGGAUGGCGACGUGGUGAAGGGCGAGUACAGCCUGGUGGAGCCCGACGGCACCAUCCGCACCGUGGAGUACACCGCCGACAAGCACAACGGCUUCAACGCCGUCGUCAAGAAGUCGGGCCAUGCCAAGCACCCGUCUCCCGUCGUGCACCACGGCGGCUACGGAGGUGGCUUGGGCGGUGGCUACUACUAAGGCAGAUCCGACACUUAUCCUCACUGACCCCCUCACUUUUAUUUAUUUAUGUUACUUCUAUGUUUUGUUCUUUUUGUUUACGUUUUGUAAAUACGCUAAUAAAAAU